AUGAAUUUGUUUGAUAGUGUAUCUGAAGACAUCAAUGCAAUUGUCGCCCCUGACAGUGUAUCUGAGGACAUCAAUGCAAUUGUCGCCCCUGAUAGUGUAUCUGAGGACAUCAAUGCAAUUUUCGCCCCUGAUAGUAUAUCUGAGGACAUCAAUCCAAUUGUCGCCCCUGAUAGUGUAUCUGAGGACAUCAAUGCAAUUGUCGCCCCUGACAGUGUAUCUGAGGACAUCAAUGCAAUUGUCGCCCCUGACAGUAUAUCUGAGGACAUCAAUGCAAUUGUCGCCCCUGACAGUGUAUCUGAGGACAUCAAUGCAAUUGUCGCCCCUGAUACGCCUAAUUAUUCUAAUGCGGUGACAUCCCAAAUCUCAUCAAACUCGGAACAUAAAUUUUCUACAUCGGCGACAUUCAUUCCAACAACAGCUCGACCAAACCCUGUAUAUCAGUCCACAACAACAGCAAGAAUGAAUAUGUGUUUUUGUCCAUGUCGAUUUCCUCGGAAAAAUAUAAGUGCCGAAGAAUUCAAAGAAAGCCUGAAAGAAAUUGUUAUUAACAAGAAAGACACUUCAAGUUAUAAACGUUCGAAAAUAAGUUCUCCUGAUGAACGUACCUCAUCAAAAGCCAUUGGGAUGGUGGCUAUUGUCGUUACUGUUAUUCCUUUUUCUCUGUUAAUCUUAAGUGAUGUUCCCAUACUUGUUUGUCAAGUUAUAGCUACUUACAAACGAAUCAUCAAAGGAAAUCCAUGA